AUGUCAGAAGCCGGGAUAAGCCGAUCGAAUUGGCUCACAUGGGCCGGUCUUGCUGGGGCCGCUUUCGUUGGCUAUGCCAUUUAUUUUGACUACAAGCGCCGUUCCGCGCCCGACUAUAAGCAGAAGGUUCGCGAAAAUCGUCGCCGAAAAGCACUUCGUAAGGGCGGUCGGGUUGUGGCGGCUCGUGGAAACCCAAUGGGUUUGCCGGAUCCGCGCAACCCCGCUUCAAUGCAGGCGUUCUUCCUGCAAGAGGUUCAACUCGGCGAGGAGUUGAUGGCAGCCGGCAAUGUCGAGCAAGGCGCUUUGCACAUUGCUAACGCCAUUAUCUUGUGCGGCCAAUCGCAGCAGUUGAUGACCAUAUUCGAGCAGACGCUGCCGCCUGAGCAAUUCGCUGCUGUGCUACAAGUACUGCCCAGUGCACGAGCGCGCCUUGCGGACAUGUUCGAAACGGCUGCCGAUGACCUUGAUCAGGGCCCGGUGAUCGAUGGAAGCUUUAUUCAGAUGUCAUCCGGCGAGCCUAACUUUUCAAGCGAACCGCGGAGGUCUGGAAUUGAAGUUACGGAAUUAAUCGACGAAGAGCUGGAA